GCGCCUAUUUAUUUGCUUUCCUUCUAUGCCUCGCCUCGCCCUCUCUUCUUCCUCUUCGUUGGAACGCCGAGAUCCCAUGGCGACCGAGGUGACCUCGCUUUUACGGAUUAUGGAGGAGGCGGAGAGCAAACAGCGGGAUCUGUUUACACGUGACCUCCUCGGCGGCGGUGGCGGCGGAGCCGGAGUGGCCGCCGAGGAAUCCGCCGUGGACCUCGACCUCCAGGUGCCGUCGGGAUGGGAACGGCAUCUAGAUCUGAUGUCGGGGAAGACAUACCUGCACAAGAUGGACUCGGAUUGCUCGCUCCACGGAUUUCACGACCUCAAUCUCCCUCCUCCAUCUUCCUCCUCAAUUGCCCUCCCGGAGAACUCCGCGCUCCUCGAUCUCAAGCUCGCCGGUAGCGACUUCGGCGGCGGAGGACGAAGUCGCGGCGAUUUCCAGAGCGUCUGUACGCUGGAGAAGGUGAAGUCGGCACUUGAGCGGGCGGGCCGGGCGGAGGCGGCAUCGUCAGCGUCAGUGUCGCCGUCUUCUUCGACGACUUCGACGUCGAUGAAGCGGCGCUCGGUGGCGGAGGAAGACGAUGGACGAUCUGAUUCGACCGGCGGGAUGAUGGCGGCCGCGUGCCCCAGCUGCCUUUUAUACGUGCUGGUGUCGAAGGCGAUUCCGCGGUGCCCUAGGUGCGACUCGCACGUGCCCCUGGCCUUUAUUCCUAAGAAGCACAAAUUUGACCUCAACUCUUCUUAAUUAAAUAUUAUAAAUAUUUAUUUACAAAUAGAUUUAUAUAAGCUAUCAUUUUUUUGGAAUAUAUUUGGGAACUUUUACAUGUAAGAUAUGAAGAAAACUAUAGGAGAAGCAUAGUUAUGUUGAUAUGAAUCACUUGUUUUAGAGCUACGAUGGCAUUUAUGUAAUUCUUUAAUUUCCCUUUGAAAUUAUUUUA